CGCAACGUAAACGUGACUCAUUUGCUUCAAGCCAAAUAAUUAAUGUAAUUGUGCAUGCAGUUCCCACAUUCCGACUUUGUGUGACAGUGUAACGACCGGACUAUAUUAUUCUCUAUCCUUCUGCGCCCCAACAUAAAUUCAACCACCAUGGCGACCGAAGCGUCCAGUAUCCAUAGCAGUCAACUGCCAAGUCCAGAACAGGGAGUCCAGGACGGUACUGGAAAGGUUAACGCCGCUUACGAGCCCGACGGGACAGGAGUAGACAUCCAGAGCCAAUCCGACUCAAAGACGCCCAAGUCAGUGGACACAGGUCAGAACAGCAUCAAGCUUCUGGGGCCAGAUGCCGGGAAGGGGGACAAGGACGGUGGUUUUGAGGAAGCCACCCCGAGAGUCUACAAGAGGAGAUGGUUGAUGCUCGGUCUCUUCUGCCUCUAUUCCUUCAGGUGGGCGUGGCUAUAGGUUUUGUCCUGCCGCCCAUGUUGGUGCCUAACUCAGACGCCAUGGAAGAUCUGAGCAGGGACUUCUACAUCAUGUUUUACACCACUGCCGGGGUUACUACGGUCCUCUUCUUCCUCAUCAUCAUUUUUUUCAAAGAAAAGCCUCCCCUCCCCCCUAGCCGGGCCCAGCAGCUGGCGGUGGAGGCGGCCACCCACGAGAACUACUUUGCCUCACUUCUCAGACUCAUCAAGAACCGGGGCUUCGUCGUGCUGACAAUCGCUUAUGGGAUAAACACAGGUUCUUUUUACGCUAUAUCCACGCUGCUGAGCCCUGUGGUGCGGUAUUAUUUUGAGAGUAUAGUAGGUGCCCAGUCAGCUGAGACGAAUGCUGGACGUAUCGGACUGACCAUUGUUUUACUUGGCGUGGCUGGGGCGGUCGUGGGUGGAAUCUGGCUGGACCGGACGAAGACUUUCAAGUCGACCACAAUCGCCAUCUACGUCAUGUCUCUGGCUGGCAUGGUGGCCUUCACCUUCACCCUUGACCUUGGUCUCUUGUGGGUUGUCUACGUCACAGCAGGCUCUUUAGGGUUCUUCAUGACAGGGUACCUACCUGUAGGGUUUGAGUUUGCGGCUGAGAUUACCUUCCCAGAGUCUGAAGGGACAUCAUCUGGCCUUCUCAACGCAUCAGCUCAGACCUUUGGUAUUAUCUUCACUCUUGGCAUGAGAGCUAUGACAGAAUCGGUCAGCGUAUUGUCCGCCAAUAUCUUGGUGUGUGUUUUCCUGCUACUGGGCGCCAUCAUGACAGCUAUCAUCAAACCUGACUACCGACGGCAAGAGGCAGGAAAACAGAUGGUGGCAGAGGUAUUGGGCCAAGAGACAGAAGUCAUAGUGGAAGUGCCCGGAGCUGCGAUUCGAGACCCAAAGGACGAACUACUUGUACAGAACUCAUAACAUAGACUGUUUUGUGUAACUUUUGUAACUGUGAAAGAAUCAAAACGAUAUCACUAGAGCAGGGGGCGGGGUGGAGGGUGUAAGGGUACUGCAGGGAUGGAGGGAGAGGGCGGCAGAAAAACAGAGAGAGACAUAGAUCUAGAGAGACAGAGAGAGUGAGAGAGAGAACUAUGAAGGGUGCCCACAGUGACAGGCCCAGAUGAUUUCAUAUGACUGUCUCAGUCAUUUUAAGCAAGAAAAAUUCUGAAAUUAUGCAAACUGAGCCCAAAAAUGGGAAAUUAUGCGAUUCUCUUAAUUUUAACAAAGAAUAAAA